AUGGCGGAGGAAGCUCCCUCCCAGCGAAGGGAUCCCGUCAAAUCUUCAGGCACGCUCCUCAUCCCGCUCGCUUCAUCCUUCUGGCCACCGUAAUCCCUCUGUGCAAGCUCAAAUUUAGGUUAUUGUCCCGAACCCUAGCGUAUAUAAGUCUUCUGAUGCGUCAACUACGAGAGGUGUCGUCGGAGAGACUGUGGUAACGGUGGCUUCCUUGUGGGUAAUUCUUAUGGGCUGCCUUUAACUGCGAUGCUGCACACUGCGAAGUGGUAUGAAGUGAGGAUUUGGUGCCACUUCGUCACUAUGCUCUUCGAGAACUUGCGAAUGUAUCACAUUAAAAGGUCUAAAAGGAGCUGUCUGAUCUGGGUCUAACGCGGAAUGGAGAAAGCCGAAUCUGAUGCGCGGAUGACGUGCCGCGAAGGUCAAGCGUAGUGCAUAUAGACAUGUGUGGUCUGUUUAGGAUGGAAUCCAGGACUAGCUUUUCUGCUGUCAUUUAUAAAUUGAAAAUUUUACUAGGAUGCAGCACGAUAGUUAUCGAUAUUAUCAAAAUGUCCGUCCGAAAUUAUUAUGCUCAGUUUGGUAGGUCCGUUUAGACUCUUAUAAAACAUGGAGGAUUCUGGUACAAUUUAGUGAGAAAUAGGAAUUCCGGCUGCAUUUUUUCAGAGUCAUAAGCUUUGUCAAAAUUGAUCGCGCUGUAUUUCUUCAUUUUACAUGAGUAUUGUUAUUAGCAACUUAUUAAAUUUUAUAUGUAUCUCGGUUCUUAUGAUUCAGUCAACUUAUCAACUUCUAUACUGGCUCCAGUACACGACCUUGCAGGACGUCGAAGGCGGCAGCAUGCAGUUGCUCUGGGGAAAGAAAGAAGAGAAGCAUUAGUACGCGCGAAACGCAUUUGCAGAUAUGGACUUGAUGAUGAUGCGACUUCUCAAGAAGGUAGCAUGAUCACUGAUGAAGAGGCUGCAGCAUUAGAUGCUCAAACAUCUCGUACUGUAGAGGAAUUGAAACUGGUUGUGGCUCAUCCGUGAGUGUUUCUUCUCUACCCUUGACAGUUUUUUCUAACCUCUUGAUCUAGAAACUAUGUCUACAUGCCUCAAAUUUUUAUCGAUUGUUAUUUCAUUGUACAAAGCCAUAUUUUUUUUAGUUAGAAGUUGCGAUUCAGCAACUGGAUGCUGGAAUUACUUUUUUCUUGUUUUGUUCAUGCGGUACUGGGUAAAAUGACUUCAUCCUUGAUUUUUUUGUUAUAUUCAUUCUUAACUUGAUAGCUAGAGCAUUAGGAAGAUCCAAAAUAUUUCUGAUGAAUCGUUCCAUUUUCUCAUUCUAUUCUCAUUCCGGACAACCUUCAGGUGCUUUCUCGUUGGUAAAAUUGACCUCCCUCAACAUAUUUCGACAACAAUGUCCUCGUGAACAUUAUAUAGCUUUCAGUUAUUAUGCCAUAUGCUAUGUUCUUACUAAAUGUCUGUUCAAAAUUUAGAUAAAACAAUAUCACUAAUCAUGCGGAUUCUAUGCAUUUGUACAAUGAAAAUUGGAUAAUAAGUUAAAUCUGACACAUUUUCCUGAUAAUUUUUUAUUUAAUUUUCCACUUAGAUCAUUUUUAUCUUUCAGUUGCUUUUCAGUUUUAGAAUGAUGAAUCUUUUGAAAGAUUAAGUGAUCACACCCCCUUUUUGAUGCAUUUUUAGUUGGGUCUAUGCAGUUUAUAGCUUAUUAUCAAUUUUUUCUUAAUUUUUUUACCGGUCCUUUAUGUCUCCUUCAGUUCCUAUGAUCCAUAUUUUCAAUUUGGAUAUAGCAUCCGAGAAAUAAAGAAAAAAUAAUUUGUUGUACGAUCGUUUUUAAACGUUGGAGUUUAGGUGAGAUAAUUUUCUCUACAUUGAUUUGAUUAAAUCAUUCUAUUAGCUGUUUAUAUUUAUGUAAAUUGACAUCCGACAAGUAGCCCCACGAAUGGAGAAGCCUCAAUAAAUUGAGGGGGGCCAGGACGAAUGGGUUUGUCAAUUGAAAUAGGAAACAGUAAACUUCGACUGUAAUUGCUGUUUCAAUCUGAUAAAUAAUGAUAAGAGUUUAUACGAAUACGUGUAUGCAUGUGGGCAUAAAAGGAGACGUUUCGUGAAACUAUUUCCAGUGGAAUGCAAAAGUAUAUUUUGUUGAAAGUGUAAAUUAUGUCGAUGAUCAUUAUUGGUGUACUUUAUUAUAGAUGAAAUUUACUAUAUGCGAGGGUUGAGUUAUAAGAUAAAAAAGAAAAGAAAAAGACCCCGAAAUGUAUGCCUAUCCAAGUCUUGGAGGAUCUUGAUAAUGAUCGCCUUCUUGAUGUAGGGGGAAAGGGGCUACAAGAAAGAAGAUAGAGGUUCUUCGUGAUUUGAGGCGUUUGCUGUCAAAUUCUGAACUACCUCCUGUUGAAGCAGCUGUUGACGCUGGAGCAAUUAACUUACUCGUGCAGUGUCUUUCAUUUGGGUCACCAGAUGAACAGGUGUCUAGAUUUUUCAUUUUUUACAUUUCAGUAAGAACGUUCGGUGGCUCUUAUCAUUCAGAAAUCAUUUUCACGGUAUUUGACGUGUGAAGAGGGAGUUAUCCUUUUAGAAAAAUUGAUAACUUAAAUGAUCAAUUCGGCUUUAUUUGUUUCCAGUGUUCUUGCACAUCUGCAUGAUCACCUCAUAAUAAUGAGUGGCCCAUUGUUUUUGCAUUCUCCUUGCAGUUGCUCGAGGCAGCUUGGUGCCUUACUAACAUAGCUGCUGGAGGAUCCGAGCAAACAAGGUCCUUGUUGCCUGCAUUGCCUUUGCUUAUAGCUCACCUUGGAGGUUAGGUUUUCAUGAGCAGUUACAUGUAAACAUAUGAAAGAUGAGACAGUGUCAUAGUAUUCUCCCUGAUUUGUCAAUUUCCUCUUCUUCUUUUUUCAUGAUGUAGUAGCCUCCUUGCUGGAUCUCAGUUCUAUAGUCGAAAAGUUACCUUUAGUGCUUUAAUUUAUUGUUCCUUUACGAUGUGUUUUUUUUCAGAACUUAUAAAACGUGUCUCUUCUCACAUUUUUGUUCACAUGGACCCAGUCCUGAUGUUGAACACCUAAUUGUCUUUUUUUUUCAUACGACAGUUCUUGGCAACCAAUAAUACAUUCUAUAGUGCCAUUGCCAACUUAUAUGCAUGGGUCAUAUUUUUAGUUUAUUAAAUGUUUUAAUACUCUUUUAAUUGGUGGCUAGCUUCUUUUGGUUUUAAAUUUCAUUUGGUUAGGACAGACAUUACGUAAUAGUGUAUGGUGUCAAACAACAGAUUUCUCUUGGCCUACGAUUAAUGGAUACAAUUAAUGACCUCUUCAGAACUAUCUUAGACAUUGAUUAGGUUGAUCAGCACCUCUAAAAAUGGAAGUCAUUUUUUUAGUUGUUUUGCCGAUUAUUAGCUUGAAUUUUACGAAGAUUGAUUGAGAGUUUGGUCACCGAAAAAUAUUGGAUUUGGUUAUUUAUAUGUAUGAAUUUAGAUAUAUUUCCUGAACAUUUCAUUCUAAGAGUCGUCAUUCUGACUUGAAAAUAUUGAAUAGAAAAGAGUUUGGUGCCUGUUGCUGAGCAAUGUGCUUGGGCUUUGGGAAAUGUGGCUGGUGAAGGAGAAGAACUGAGAAAUAUUUUAUUAGCUCAGGGAGCUUUAUUACCCCUCGCCCGAAUGAUGAUGUCAAGCAAGGGUUCAACAGCAAGAACAGCUGCAUGGGCUCUCUCAAAUCUAAUUAAGGUGUGGGUUCUUUCAUUUCCUGAUCUUAGCCUUAUUUUCUUGAUGGACGCUUUCAGCAGCUUUCCCUUCUCAAUCACCUUCCGAAGUUUCCAUUCGAAUUCAUUUGGCUUUUCACAUGGUAGGAUGGAUUUGAUGUCUUUGUUCUUAAAUGACAGGGACCCAAUCCUAAGGCCGCCACAGAACUUGUAAGAGUUGAUGGGGUCAUGGAUGCAAUCUUGCGACAUCUGAAAAAAGUGUAGGUUUUUUCCCUCAAGAAAAAGAUUUUUUUUUUUUCUGUGUUGACUGAUAGAAGCUUCAUGCAUUAUGUUGAUUGCCUCACCACGAAAUAUCGUAGAAAAUGUUUUAAAGUGAAGAAGAAAUUACCACGAGCAAAUGAAAAACUGAGUCACUGAUCUGUGCACAGGGAUGAGGAGUUGGUGACUGAAGUAGCUUGGGUCGUUGUGUAUCUCUCAGCACUUUCACCUGUCGCGACCACCAUGCUGACGAAGAGUGACAUCAUUCAACUUCUUGUGGAAAGGCUACGGGCAUCAGAAAAUCUACAGUUGCUUAUUCCCGUAAGAGCCUUUUCUUUACGAAAUACCACAGAAGCUGUUUGCAGAUUGAAUCCCCGAUUAUCUUUCAUUCCAAUGUUAUGUAUCACCAUAGUGCUCAGACAGUCGUCAAGCACCGACUAUCUUAGGCAUAUGACCGUGAUUAUUCUCUAGGUGCUUCGCAGCUUGGGUAACCUUGUAGCAGGGGACAGUUUCACAACGAAUUCCGUCUUGGUUGCAGGUCGUGAGAUCACAGGUCCAUCUUCUCUGCUAAUUUUCCCAGCCUUUAUAUGGUUCGUUGCCUCAUUAACGUGCACACUAACAUUAUUGAGCUGAAAUAUCAGAUGAUGUUCUCUCAGCGCUUACAAAAUGCCUUAAAACUGACCAUCGAGUCCUUAAGAAGGUGGGUACAUUUCUAUUGCUCGUCCGGGAACAGAGAGGCACCCGUUUUCUUUACAUUGCUGGUGAAAUGUUUCAGGAGGCAGCGUGGGUUCUGUCGAACAUCGCCGCUGGAUCCUUGGAGCACAAGCAGUUGAUUUUCUCCAGCGAGGCGGCACCAUUGCUGCUGCAUCUCCUGUCAAAUGCUCCGUUUGACAUAAGAAAAGAGGUGGCAUAUACCCUGGGCAACCUGUGCGUCGCCCCAUCAGAUAGUGCUAGCCCUCCGAGCAUCAUUCUUCAUCACUUGGUCACCCUCGUUGACCGCGGCUGCCUGCCAGGGUUCAUAAGUUUGGUCAGAUCUCCCGAUAUAGAGGCUGCGAGGCUCGGGCUUCAGUUCCUGGAACUGGUGAGCGAUCCGCCGCACGAAUUGCUUCGGGAAGUCAACCCGUCUGCUUUAAAAGGCAAAUAACUCGUUCGAAGGCAUGGUACUGGAGAGGUUCUGACUUGCGUUUGUGCAGGUGAUGAGAGGCCUGCCGAACGGGGAAGGCCCGAAGAUCGUCGAGAGGGAAGAUGGCAUCGACGCGAUGGAGAGGUUCCAGUUCCACGAGAACGAAGAACUCAGGAUCAUGGCAAAUGGUCUGGUAGACAAGUACUUUGGCGAGGACUAUACAUAG